AUUGAUUUUAGGGUGGAGGUCCUACGUUUUAAAAGUCUAAACUUCAACUGAUCUAUAUUAAUUUGAAUUCGAUUUAAUCGGUAUGAUUGCAUAAAAGGAUAAUGUUUUAACGCACACCUUUAGGGAUAACAGUCAUAUUAAUACCUGCGGCCACGUCCAGUUAUCUUUUUUAAAUAUUAUAUCAUUUGAUUUAUUGAAUACAUUUGAAACUAACAAUCCGUGGAGUAUACUAACCAGAUUUAUUAUUCGACUACACAAUGCUUCAUAAUUUCAAAAGCUAACAAUUAGUUAUGAAGUAAUUCCGAGUUCAGUUGGAGUUAAAAUCUUAGACGGAUUAGUAAAAUCCAAUAUUUGUUCACUUAAACCAUUUAUUCCGUAAUAUAAGAUUUAAAAAAAUAUCUACAACUUCAUAAAAUAUGGAUGAAGAAGGCAGCAAUUGGCAGGAUAGAUGUGAAAGAUACUUCACUUCUUUAACGGACAGUGACAAACAAAGACAACGGGACAAGGAAAGGAAAGACAAAAUGGAUGAAGACUGUUGGAAAAAAUUAACUGAUAAGACGGAUAAAAGUAAGAGAAAAAAGAAAGUUCAGUAUUGGUUCCGUGCUUUGGAUAUUCAUGGAUUACAUUUUGCUGGUUCUGUUCGGAACAGUUUAGAAUGUGUUGUGUGGGUCUUAUUGACAAUAAUUGCAUGUGGUGCACUCUCGUUUCUUCUUUAUUUGACUGUGAACGGUUAUUUGAACCAAAAUAAUUAUUUGGAACUAAAAAUGUCUUCAAUGACUUAUAAAAAGCAUCCGCCUACAUUUGUAACUGUGUGUAAUUUGAAUUUAUUUAGAAAAUCUAGUCUGUUAGCGAAUCAAGACAGAUUUUCAAAACUUGUUAAUAUUAAUUCAGGGGUUUUUAGUCCCAAACCCGUAACCUCUACGGAGCAGCUGAUGAAAAACUCCGAUAUUUGGUCCAUACUGAAAAACUCGUUAGGGUCUGGAGUCCUUUCCUAUUCAUCACAGUUAGACCAAGAUUUUCUUCCAUACUCAGGGAUGAUAACAUCUGAUGACUGGGAAAGUUUAUAUGGAGCUAGUAUGAAAUAUGGCUUUGAAGUAUGGGCAGAAGCUGUAAGACCCACGAUGUCAGAAUUAAAACUUCUAGGACACAAACAAUCUGAUAUGAUAGUAGAAUGUUUUACAGGUACCGGUGGACUUUGUCAACUAAGUGUAACAGAGGACACUCGAACAAACCUUGGGAACUGUGCUACCUUUAAUGUUUCUGAUAACAUAGAUAAAAUAUCAUUGAUUUUGAACUCAGAACCAUCAGAGUCGAUCCCAGUUCUCACUGCUAAUCACGGGCUCAGUGUACAAGUGUUUUCUAUGGAUUCAUAUUCUCGUAAAAACAAACAACAUAUUGUUUCUCCUGGAAAUCAUCUAACUAUUGAAAACAAGAAGAUUACAUCAAUUUCAAGGGAAAAAGACUGUAUCGAGUCGACAGGGAGACUUAACCAGCAAUGUGGAGACAAUUGUAAGGAUAUCUUGACUUUCAAGUAUUGCCAAUGUCAUACAGACGGUAUCCAGAACACCCAGUGUCGUACCAACGACAAAUUCGACUAUGUUUGUUCCCGAAUAGUGGAAAAGCUCUUUAACAUGGAACGAUUGGAUUGCAAAUGCAAACCAGAGUGCAGCGAAAUGAGAUAUGAAACUGCGAGUUCAACAAUACCUUGGCCAUCCAGUCAACAUUUAGAACAUUUGGAAUCCCUUCUUAAACAUAAGAAUUUCAAUAAAUCAACUAUUUCGUCUUCAUUAUCUUAUGUAACAAUAAAUUUAGAACCUGAAGUGUUUGAAGAAUUGAAGGAAGAACAAGUCAUUACCUUGUUAGACCUGCUGUCUAGAGUUGGCGGUUUAUCAGCCUUUGUUGUGGGUAUUUCUAUCCUUUCCGUAUUCCAAUGUUUUUGGCUUCUCAUAAAGCUCUGUUUCCAUGCAGUUAAUUCAAGAAGGUCAGAUUCAAGAGGAGAGAUAGAAAAUCUUGCCAAUUCAGACAUAACAUCAAUAACAUGGCAAGCUUAUAAAGAUAAGAAUAACCAACAUCCAAGACAGCCAAGAUUUGCAUUCCAGCAAGACUUUGGAAAUGGUCUCCAAAGAAAUGGUAGCCGGAGGUCAUAUCUAGAGCCUAUUGAAGAGGAGAGAAAACGUGACUACACAGGUGCCGAUCUUAAUCGGGAUCACGUAUUGGAGGAUCAGUUAUUUUCACAUCCUUGGGAAAGGACAGGUCAUCGUAGACCUUAUAGCACUGUAAUAAAUUCUAACAGGACUACUGGAGGGGAAUUCCCUUUAUUUAACUAUGUGGACAAUAGGUCCACUAGUCCCCUGCCAAGAUGUUCCACACCUGACAAUUCAGACUAUCGUAGUACCGCCAGACUUGUACCAGCUGAUGGAGAUGUUACCCUUUAUCCGCCAAAACAUAAAAUGAUGUCACCCGGCGAUGCCAUUAAAUCAUUUGGAUCAUCUUCAUCUAAAUAUCAGUAUAGUGGCCCAUUCUAUUUGUAAAUAUCAGAUGUGCUUCUUGUAUUGUAUAUGAUAUACUACGAGUUGCAGGCAAUAAACUAAUGUGGUAUUGGGUACUAGAAAUGUAAUAUUUAUUUUAAAACGAAUGUGUCAUUGUGUUCUUUUUAUGCAAUGUAAAACUGUUGCACUUAUAUAUACAUUGUGCACAUGGUAGACAGUUUCUGGCAAUUUGAGCAAUGUAAAUGCCAAUGCCUCCAAUGGUUGG